AUGGUAAGAUCGAGACGCAGAGCGCCUGUAGCACAGGCAGAGCCGCUGAGAUCAAUGCAUGCUGCCGAGAUCGACUCGGACGAGGAGCGAGAGGCUCAGCGGUUCACGACACAGGACAAGGAAGCCGUCGAAACGAUGGAGGAUGCGCCAUUCACAUUCAGCGAAGCCACAGAGCGGCUCUUCCAGACUUUUGCGUGGUGUAUGCUCAUGCUUGCGCUCUUCUGCGGCCUCGUUCUGGCUGUUCACAAGCAAUAUGCACAGGAGAUCACCAUCCGCAUCAUCGCAGGCAAGGUCGCCAAUUUUGCACCAGGAUUGGCAGUCCUCGUCUGGCUUUCCCUUCGCUUUUCUGGGCACAGGGCGAUGCGGUCUGCGCUCUGUGCAAUGUCAUGUCUCGCCGGGGCUGUUAUGAUCGAUGUGGUCAACAAGGCUUCCUACCAGACGGUGAGAGACGCAGACGUAGGUCGGGCCCGUUUUGAUUGCGAAGCGCAGGUCAUACAGCGCACGCCACCACUGAGCGUCAUCUGGAUCUGGGCAGUCGUCCAAGCUCCUCUGCCAGAUGCGCUUGGCUCGCUCGCCAUUGUCGGACUCGCAAGCUGGUACAGGGGGAACAGUCUCGUCUUUGCCGACUGA